UACCGCAGAAACACACAAACAGCCCGUAGAGAAAUGAGCAGACAUACAGACGGUGGAUACAGAAGUCGUAGUGCCGUAUGUUGAACUAACAUUACAGACGUCUGUUGUAAGAUGGAUCAUUCUGCAUCAGAUACUGAGACCGAUGACUACAAUCGGCCCUUGCUGCAGCGCAAAGAGGAAAAUGCAGAAAAAGCUCCUGCCUGCUGUUCAGCGCGCUACGGGCUGUCCGUGUUGGCCUGCUAUGGGUUCUUUGUGGCUUACGCCCUGCGGGUGAACCUGAGCGUGGCCAUGGUAGACAUGCUCAACACUACCAGCUCCAGCAAUGCCAGCCAGUCUGUCUGUCCUAGGCACACCAGCCCAGCGAGACCCAAACACAACCAUACCGCCAGUGUGUAUGACUGGGACUCGGAGACGCAGGGCUGGAUCCUGGGCUCGUUCUUCUACGGGUACAUAGUGACGCAGAUACCCGGCGGCUAUCUGGCGCGCAAGUAUGGCGCCAAGUGGCUGCUGGGCUUUGGGAUCCUGUGCACUGUGAUUUUCACCCUGCUCACGCCAGUGGCAGCAGAUCUGGGGGCCGGCUACCUCAUUGCUGUUCGAGUGCUGGAGGGCAUUGGAGAGGGGGUCACAUUUCCUGCCAUGCAUGCUAUGUGGGCUUCCUGGGCCCCGCCAAUGGAGCGCAGUCGACUGCUGACCAUCUCAUACACAGGUGCUCAGCUGGGAACUGUGGUGGCCUUGCCGUUGUCUGGCAUGAUUUGUUUCUACCUUGACUGGACCUAUGUCUUCUAUGUAUUUGGAGUUGUUGGGAUGGUCUGGUUCGUCCUCUGGGCUGCACUUGUGAGCAACACACCCAGCACACAUCCCAGGAUAUCAGAACAAGAGAGGCUCUACAUCGCUGCCUCACUCAAAAACGAGCUCUCGCCAACCUCGGAUUAUAUACCUUGGGGAUCAAUUUUAACGUCGUUGCCAUUGUGGGCAAUAGUAGUCGCCCAUUUCUCUUACAACUGGACAUUCUACACACUGUUGACUCUGCUUCCAACCUACAUGAAUGACAUACUUGGCUUCAGUAUCCAACAGAAUGGGAUGCUGUCAGCCUUGCCCUACCUGGGCUGCUGGUUGCUGGCGCUGCUGGGCGGUCAGCUGGCAGACUACCUGAGGGAGACAUGUCAGUUCCGCACCGUUGCCGUGCGCAAGGCCUUCACCCUCAUUGGAAUGGUUGGGCCGGCACUGUUCCUGAUUGCUGCCGGCUUCACAAACUGUGACUACAUCAUGGCAGUGGCCUUCCUCACUGCCUCCUCAUCGCUGGGUGGUGUGUCUGCCUCUGGAUUCAAUAUCAACCAUCUGGACAUCGCACCCUCUUAUGCUGGGAUUUUACUUGGGAUCACCAACUCCUUUGCCACCAUCCCAGGAAUGGUGGGACCAGUCAUAGCAAGAGCACUGACUAAAUCCAACACUAUCGAGGAAUGGCGAACUGUGUUCUACAUCUCAGCGGGGAUUAACCUAUUUGGAGCAGCCUUCUUCACGCUGUUUGGGCAGGGGUCAGUCCAGCCAUGGGCAGUCCACCGCACACAUUCUCAGUGAAACUCACAAUGCAAGAUGCUCUCACCAUUUACGGAGGAUGCAUGUGGUAUGACCAAAGGAAUGGACACUGAACUGAACUUUGGGAUCAGUCUUAGAUAGAUGUAGUAUUCGCACAAUUAUCAAAAGAGAUUUACAUGGCUGACUUUUUGUUUUAUAAUAUGUAAAUAUUAUAUUGUUUUAUUAUUUUGUAUGUGUUUGUACAACACCUUACAUGUCAAUACUGCAGCCUUUUCGUUCAUCACUUACUCAUGGCAUUAUAUUUGUUUCACCAUCCCAAAUGGUGGCCUGUUUUGCUCAUGAGCCAUUCCUCAAGCUUACCUGAUUCCAUUGAUAGUCAAGCUUACUAAUGGUGUAAAGGGAACACCAGUGAAUUGGUAUUUCACUAAUUGUUUGAAGGAACAGGUAUGUCUACAGUAAAUUAUCCUGAACUUGUUCACUUUCUGGGUCAACUUCACAUGUAAAUGGACCCUGGUGUUCAAAUAAUUUAAAAGCCAUUAAAAGGUUCAGUGCUGAAAGUUGAGACAUUAAAUGGUUUCAACUGUAUUAGAUUUCUUAUAAAGAUUGUUACAACAAGAAAUGUAUCUGUAAAAAAGAGACUAGAGUUUCUCCCAUUUUGGUCCUAUUAAGGUGGAGGCUAUGGUUGGACCUGCUGCAUUAGUGUUGAAAAGGGGAAACAAUGGUACUUUGAAAACUGCGAAGAUAUGGCUUGCUUUGCCAUCAUGUAAUGGUAGUUUAGUUUGAAAGCAAAAUAGAUAUUAUUGAAGGAGUUGCCUUUAGAUUAAAUCACUACGAUCACAAAGCAUUUACAUUUAUUUUACAAAAACCGGUUUCCUCUGGAGUACUGACAUUCCAGAGCUGAAAUGAAGUGGUUGAGAGUGUAUUGGAGUUUGAAAGCCAGAACACACAUGAAGUCUGUGUUCUCCUAGAACAAAUGCCCUGGCCUUUGUUGUACCCAAACUGUACUAUGAUGAAGAAAGUAUGAUUGUCGAACCAAAAGUAUGCCAAAGGCUGUCUAACCAAUAGCAUUCUGUUGUGGAUCUUGUUGGGGUUGAAUGGGGUGAAUGUGUCAAGACUUUUUGUUCCACUGAUGGUCUUCUAUCGCCAUCUAACUGCAGUGAUCUUCACAGUGGACCAUAACAUUACUGCUUUAGAUCUCCACACACUUUGUGUUUUAUCUGCGAUCAUAUUUAGCACAAUAUUGAAAAGCUGGAGAUCCAUCUGUUUGGAUUGUACAGAUCCAUAAGACUUUUGAGCUUUGUAGUAGUUUUUUCUCUGGUCAGGUGUCUAAUAUCUCCUCUCCUAGAUGUGCCUUAAAUCUGCAAUUAGUAUGCACUUUUGGUUUCAACUAAUUCAAACAGUUGACACUGAAUACUUGUUUUUGGUUUGCUACAUCCUUUCCUGGAAUGUGAGGUAGCCUAUUGUGCAAAGGCAUAUAUUUGUUUAAUUUUUUGAUGUGCUAUGUCCUUUCCUAGAAUGUGUAGCCUAUUGUGCAAAGGCAUAUAUUCGUGAACACUUCUUCAUACACUUGUUAUUGAUGUCACAGUUCACCAAACAUAGUGCAAGAAUCAAUCACUACAUGAACAAGUACAAUACUGCAGACAGGAUUUUAGCCAUGACUUCUCCAGCGGGCAUGUGUUUCGUUCAUGUCUGGAGUCAAGGACUAGCUCAGGUGAAAGUUUGACCAGCCCUGUUUUUCCCCCCUUCUUUUCUGUUUCUGUGAAAAUACAAGUGCUGACGUAUUUACAUAUUUAAAUACAUCACUCUGGAAUGGUGUGCCUGUUGGUUCAAGUCAGGGAGCGUCAUUCAGUUGUUGCUUGAACCCUGAGAUCAGAAGGGAAGAUUUUUCCACUUUUAAAAAAAAAAAAAAACUAUUUGCCAAUUUUAUUUGUAACAUUUGUUAAACUUUUAUUUGAAUGUGUAGGCUAUUUUAUUAUUUUGAAUAAUCAUGUCAAGGUCCUGCAAAGGGACAUGGUGGGAUUUUAUUUAUUGAGUUCCCAUUGUAUUCUUUUCUCAAUUACAUGAUUUCUUUGGGCCAUCUGAUGUUAUGUGGUCGGCUGUUGACUAGCUGAUUGUUGGUGAUGGAAAGGAAAUCCUCGGCAGGGUAGGCUAUAUGAUUCCUGCUCUGAUAUGCGAGGAGACCUUGAUAGCUGUGGACCAUGUGACCAGUGCCUGCUUAUGUAACCUUACAUUUUCACUGCUAAGGCUGGAACGGGCCAGGACAGCUCAGCAGCAGAAUCAGACUGAGAUCCGGCCCGGAUUGGGCCCUCUACUGGUCCUGUGUGUGUGUGUGUGUGUUCUCCCCUUCAGUACCCCUGCAGUAACACAGCAUCUGCAGGCUACAGUAUGGCAGUGCAGGAAUGUUGUGCAAUAGUUGCUCUUGUGUUAUGCCCUUGUCCAUGGUGCUGGUCUGUCUCAGCCAUAAAGAGCUGUGACGGCGCUAGCCAGAACAUGACUAGAGGAGCUAGGCGUCUGGAAAUAUCAGAAAAACUAUUUGCCAAUUUUAUUUGUAACAUUUGUUAAACUUUUAUUUGAAUGUGUAGGCUAUUUUAUUAUUUUGAAUAAUCAUGUCAAGGUCCUGCAAAGGGACAUGGUGGGAUUUUAUUUAUUGAGUUCCCAUUGUAUUCUUUUGCGUUCCUUUGUUAUAGUUUUACAUUCUUUGCAAAGUCAAAAUUCCAGGGAAUGGAAAAGGACCUCUAAAAAUACAUUUCCACCAUGGCCCUUCGCGGCCUUAGUAUUUUUGAGUUGCAAGGGUCAUUUGUAAACACCGUCUUUGUACUGAACUUGAAAAACUUUGAGAAUGAUGUUUCACUGUGUAUCAGUUGCAACACAUGCUGGAUUACAAAUACAUUCUUAUGUGGUAGCCAAUACAUUUCAUGCCACUGUCAAUUUGAACGCACAGGAAUAUUAAAGAUCUAUCAGCA